ACCAAGAAGCACGCCUUUCAGGAGCGACGACAGUCUUGAGCGGUCUCCCCCACAAACGACUCGUCAACACGACUACUGGUGCUUUCAAUCAGCGACAUAAUAACCUCACUUUCUCAAUUAAUCAGCCCUGCCGCGAUGCCUCCCAGGAAGCGGAAGACUGCCGCUGCAGCGCGCGCAGAGGCAGCAGCAGCCGAAAUCGAGAAAACACAAGCAGAGGAGGCACCUGCGCCGGUGGACGCCGCUACAGAGCCCUUAGACACAAAGAUGGACGACGACGCUUCACAGACACAACAGGCUGCCGCUGAGAGCUCAAUACCAUCAGAAGCCGGCGCGGCAUCAAACUCAAAGCCCGAACCAUCAGCGGAAUUGGAGCCGACCGACACUGCUGCUGCUGCUACUUCAUCAUCAUCAACAACAUCAUCAAAACCUGAGACGACAUCAAAACCUACGCCAACAACAUCAGCCGCGGACCGUAUGGCGCGCUUCCGCGCGCUCCAAGCCCGCGCCAAGUCCUCGAGCGACCAGAACCUGGCCGAAGCCACCAAGGAGACGCAGCGCCUGGCCUCGGACCCAUCCGCGCUCACAGCCCUAAACCGCCGGCGCGACAUCGCUGCGCACAAGCUACUCAAGGCGGACACGGAGGAUGCGGGCGGUGACUUUGAGCGGAAGCGCGCGUGGGAUUGGACGGUCGAGGAGUCGGAGCGGUGGGACAAGCGGCUCAAGAAGAAGGGCGCGCGGCGCGACGACAAUGCUUUCCAGGACUACCGCGCAGAGAGCAGCAAGGUGUACAAGAGACAGGUGCGCGAGAUGGCUGCGGGUAGCAGUGAGAACAUGGCGCGCUACGAGAAGGACAAGAUGGCGGCCAUCGAGAAGGCUGCGGCCAGCGGCGGGCUGGAUAUCGUGGAGACGGACGACGGGGAGCUGAUCGCCGUCGACAAGGACGGCACAUUCUACUCAACGGCCGACUCGACAGGGUUCGUCGAGAACAGGCCCGACCGUGCAGCCGUGGACAGGCUGGUCGCGGAUAUGAAGAAGGCCGAGGAGGCCAGGUUGCGCAAGAGGAGGGAGCGCAUGGCGCAGAAUGGCGACGACGGCGACGUCACGUACAUCAACGAGAAGAACAAGCAGUUCAACCAGAAGUUGAACCGGUUCUACAACAAGUACACGGCCGAAAUCCGCGACAGCUUCGAGAGAGGAACGAUGAUUUAAAGGAUCAGGGAACUGGCUGGACGGUUGAGAGCGACAGUCUUGCAUGCUCAUGGUUUCGGGAAUGGAAGAAGGCUUGGCGACAUAGCGAAUCAU